CAGCAACUAGUUCGUUGUGACUUGUGACCUCUGUUCUCUGUUUUCUUUCCUUCGAAGAAACCGAACCAAAACCCAACAAGGAGGAGAACAACUCUCAACUCCUCUCUUUCUAAAUCAUCUGCUUGAUCUGCUUACUCUUCUUUCUCCCAUGGAUUGGGUUCGCGGAGAUUCCAUUGGUUGUGGGAGCUUUUCCACUGUAAAUUUGGCAAUUCCCACGAAAACCUCUUCUCCUUUAAUGGCGGUGAAAUCUUGUGAUCUUUUUGACUCUUCUUUGCUUGAGAAUGAAAAGGAUGUUUUGAAUCAGCUUGGCAAUUGCGAGCAUAUAAUCAAGUGUUUCGGCGGCGAUCAGAGUGUGGAAAACGGUCAGAGGUUGUAUAACUUGCUAUUGGAGUAUGCCCCUGGUGGCAGUUUAUCUCGUUUGGUGAAGAAUUCUGGUGGUUGCUUGCCGGAAUCAGAUGCCAGACGCUACACCAAAUCGAUACUAAAGGGUCUUCGUUAUAUUCACGCAAAAGGGUUUGCUCACUGUGACAUAAAGCUUCAAAAUAUCUUGUUGUUUGAGGAUGGGGACGUGAAGAUUGCAGACUUUGGAUUAGCCAAGAAAACAGGGGAAGAACAGAGUGAUGAACAGGGGAGAGUGGAAAUUCGAGGAACUCCUCUGUACAUGUCCCCAGAAUCAGUCAACGAAAACGAGUACGAUUCACCGUGUGAUAUUUGGGCUCUUGGGUGUGGGUUGGUGGAGAUGGUGACCGGAAAACCGGCCUGGAACUGCAAGCCGGAAUCAAACAUCGCAUCCUUGUUGAUUCGGAUUGGAGUCGGAGAUGAAUUGCCAGAAAUCCCUCAAGAAUUGUCCCAAGAGGCGAAGGAUUUUCUAUCCAAGUGUUUUGUUAAGGAUCCUAGAAAGAGAUGGACGGCUGAUUUGCUAUUAAAUCAUCCUUUUAUUGCUAAUGAAACCACUGUUACAUUGAAGGAGAAGGAGCAAUUAUCUCCAUCAUCAUCACCCAGAUGUCCAUUUGAGUUUCCAGAGUGGGUUUCAGUUCCAUCUUCAUCACCGAAAUCUGAAUUAUGGUCUAACAAGGAAGUAGAAUCAAGAUUUGAUUGGUCCUCUUUGUCAUAUUCGCCUUCGCCGGCAGAGAGACUCCGACAGCUGGGGAGUGAUGAGGGAUGCAACUGGUCAUUUUCUGAGAGUUGGGUGACUGUGAGGUGAGAGGAAGCAGGCAGAGCACAUAAUUGAAUUCAACAGCAGCAAAUUUAGAUGAAUUUUUUAAUUCUAUGUUUGUUCACAGUCUAACUUGUUGAGAUUCCAUUAAUCCUUUUAGGAAUUGGUGACAAUUUUUUGGAGAUUGUAAAUGUGUAGGAAACAGACUGAGAAAUUGUAUUUAGCAGACUGGCCAAGUGUACAGAACACUGUUUUAAAUUUUAACCCCUUUUAAUUGAAUGCAGAGAAAGUAAUUUUCCAGGAAAA